UUGCGUGUUCAAGCUUUCAGGGUGUCUUUUCAAAGUGAAAGAACCUGGGACGCCUUCUCUAGCUCCGAACAGAGAUAUAUUGUACUGCGCGCAAGCCGUCUCAGUCCAAGCUUCGACAUAACAAAGAUGGCCGAAGCAGCGAAAGAAGCAGUGACGCAAGCCGUCGAAGGUGUCAAGAAUCUUGCCGUCUCCGGCGAUGCAAAGCCCAAAAAGGAGAAGAAAGCAAAGAAAGGUGCUGAAGGAGACGGCCGUCCACUGGAAUUGAACCCAAAACCAGAGUUCUUUGAUCACCGCAUCCAGAUCUUUGAGAAACUCAAGGCCAAGUACGACGAAGAAAUCGCGCAGAAGCCGCGCGAGAAAAUACAAGUCACACUUGGCGAUGGAAAGGUUAUAGAUGGAGAAUCAUGGGUCACAAGUCCAGCAGAUAUUGCCCGAGGAAUCGCAAAGAGCUUGUUCGAGCGCACUGUCAUUGCCCGCCUGGACAAAGGCACUGAUUCGGAGACACUAUGGGACCUUGAGCGGCCCCUUGAGAAGAGCUGUAAACUGGAGUUACUGCCAUUCGAUGACCCAGAGGGCAAGAAAGUCUUCUGGCACUCAAGUGCUCACAUACUCGGAGAGGCUUCGGAACGGAGAUUUGGCUGCGAUCUUUGCAUUGGACCACCCAUCGACGAUGGUUUCUACUACGAGAUGGCCCUUCCCGAAAAGGCUGCAGUAGAAUCUACCGAUUACAAGCCGCUGGAGACUAUUGUCAGCAGUAUCGUGAAGGAGAAGCAGGUUUUCCAGCGACUGGAACUCUCCAAGGAAGAUUUGCUGGAGAUGUUCAAGUCCAACCCGUACAAGCAGCAUAUCAUCAAAGACAAGAUUCCGGAUGGUACAUCCACGACGGUGUAUCGCAACGGUCCACUCAUCGAUCUGUGCCGAGGACCUCAUGUGCCCCACACUGGACGGAUAAAGCAAUUCAAAGUUAUGAAGAAUUCCGCAUCCUACUUUCUCGGAGACGCAAAGAACGACAGUCUGCAGCGUAUCUACGGUGUUUCGUUCCCGGACAAGGACCAAAUGAAUGCCCAUCUGAAGUAUCUUGAAGAGGCAGCUAAGCGUGACCACCGGAAGAUUGGCAAAGAACAGGAACUCUUCUUCUUUCACGAUUACAGCCCAGGGUCCUGCUUCUUCUUGCCACAUGGAAUGAUCAUCUACAACACGUUACUUGCGUUCCUGAAAGAAGAAUACUGGAAGCGUGGUUACCAAGAAGUCGGUUCACCAAACAUGUUCAACUCUGCGCUAUGGAAGACUUCCGGUCACUGGCAGCAUUAUUCUGAGGAUAUGUUCACCUUCGAUGUAGAGAAGGAAAAAUGGGCCCUGAAGCCUAUGAACUGCCCCGGUCACUGCCUCAUCUUCAAACAUCGUGAGCGAAGCUAUCGCGAACUGCCCAUUCGAAUGGCCGAUUUUGGUAUUCUUCACCGUAACGAAGCGUCCGGAGCACUGAGUGGCUUGACGCGUGUCCGUCGUUUCCAACAGGACGACACUCACAUCUUCUGUACAGAAGACCAGAUCACCGAAGAGAUUGGUGCCCUGUUCGACUUUUUGAGGGUGGUGUACGGGAAAUUUGGCUUCACAUUUAAACUUAAGCUCAGCACACGACCAGAGGGUUUCCUUGGAGAGAUUGAGACAUGGGACAAGGCUGAAGCCCGGUUGACGGAGGCACUCAACCAGUUUACGGCCGAAGGAGGAGGUGAAUGGGAGCUGAACCCAGGAGACGGCGCCUUCUACGGUCCCAAGAUCGACAUCACCAUUCAAGAUGCACUAAGACGAGACUUUCAAUGUGCUACCAUUCAGUUGGACUUCCAACUUCCUCAGCGAUUCGAGCUCGAAUACAUGACCUCGGAAGCACGGCCAAAGGUCGAAAAGAAAGAGGAGGUCGAAAAGCCAAAACAAGAGAAACAUGACAAAGCCAAAGAGUUGGUUGAAAACGAAGACCUUGCCAUCAAAAAGACUCCUGCACCACAACCAGGCUAUGCCCGACCGGUCAUGAUUCAUCGCGCCAUCUAUGGCUCAUUUGAGCGUUUCAUCGGAAUUCUUACCGAGCACUUCGCGGGCCGCUGGCCGUUCUGGAUCUCUCCCCGCCAAGUUCUCGUGAUUCCCGUGAUGCCUGCGGUCAACGACUACGUCAAGGAAGUGCAAGCGCAGCUACGCGCCAAAGGACUUCACGCCGACAUCGACAUUAGUGGCAACACAAUGCAGAAGAAGAUUCGCACCGGCCAGCUGCAACUUUACAACUUCAUCUUCGUUGUCGGCGCUGAAGAGCGCGACUCCAAGACUGCCAAUAUUCGCAACCGCGAUGACCAAGCUACGCAGCAGCGCGGCGAGGUCAUUCCACUUGCCGAGGCCAUUGAGAAGUUGACCAAACUCCGGGAUGAGAGGCGAUUUGAGAAUAAGAUCUGA